UUUAACCAAACUACUUUAUUAUUAAAUCAAAUUUCGUAAAAAAUACUUUUGAACCUCGUGAAGUAAUGGCGGACGAAGAAUUUGAUGAAAAUGACGUAGCUGAUGAUUAUGAUGAAGACGUAGAUGAUGAUAAUAUUGAAGAACUUGAACAACCCGAAGAAGAUGGAGAUAACAUAGAUAUUCUAGCACCAGGCCAAGCUGGUGGUGGUGUACCAAAAAAUAAACGGAUAACAACCAAAUACAUGACGAAAUAUGAACGAGCCAGAGUGUUAGGGACAAGGGCUCUGCAAAUUGCUAUGUGCGCCCCCGUUAUGGUAGAAUUAGAUGGGGAAACGGAUCCCUUACAAAUUGCCAUGAAGGAAUUGAAACAGAGAAAAAUUCCCAUUAUUAUAAGAAGGUAUCUACCUGACCAUUCCUACGAAGACUGGGGCAUAGACGAACUUAUUAUAAUAGAUCAUUAAUUUUAAUUGAUAUUGUUUAAUCUAAUUUUUUAAUUAUAGUAAUUAAAGUUUGUAUAGUAAAUAUGUGUUUGAACUUUAAUUAAUUUUGCAAAUUGUAAUUUUUCUAGGAUAAUUAGCGAAAUUACAGAUUUAGUUGAAUGGGUGUAAGAUAUAUUCUAGAAGAUAACAUUUUGGAAAGGAAACUAAUUCGUACAGUUCAUCAUUUCUAGUCUGUUUUUAUCAGUUUGGAAAACUUUUAAGUAAAAAUUCAUGUCAAUACGAUUUUAAAAGAUUUUCAAGAUAAAAUUUUGCAGUUUUCCAUGGAAUUUGGUAUGUAAACAUUACUUUCUGUGUCAGUUCUUCCAGAAUGUUUUAUAAUGUAAUCUAGGCACUUUUUUGGCAUUAGUAUUCAAAAAUAUUACUACUAGCUCCUUUGUACAAAUUAAAAUCAAACCUGAAUAUAACAAAUCUCAAGGGACCGAUAAAAAAGGUUCAGUUGGUGAAAUUUCGCUAUAUCGAAGUUCAAAGGCAACGUUGGUCUAUGUUUAACCUGAUCAUAACUAUAUUAUAUUAUGUAUAGAAAAUAAAACUCCCAUUCUAUUAACCAAAACACGAUGACUGGACACGACAGUUCAAUAAACUAGCAGUUAAAUUUACUAUACUGAGGUUCUGAAUAAGAAAAUCCUUAUAUCAAUGUGAUUUUAUUUACCAGGAUCGACAAAAUUCCUUAUAUAGAGGGGUUCUGACGAAAAAAAUUCCUUGUAUAAAGGUAAUAUUAGAAGUAAUUUGGUUUUCCAAGAAAUUUACAUUGUAUCUUAUGGAGAGCUCUAGGAGACAUCGAGAUUCGACUAUAAUUGUAUUAUUUGAAUCAAUGUUUUGUUAAAUAUUUCAAUCGAUCCAUAAAUUUGGACAAGACUUCUACUCUUCACAUUAUUAAUUCACUAUUUUGAAGAAGAAGUGUAAAUAAUAAUCCACCUUUAAGAGGAAUAUGCGAAAUAGGUUCAAAUAUAAAUAAAACUUCAAUA